UUUUUCAUAUGUAUAAUAUUUAUAUAUAUAAUUUAAUUUGUUUUAGCACUUUUUAGCUAAAUUUUUACCCAUUUUUGUUUUUUAUUGACACUGAUGGAUACUCUCCCUAAAAUAACAUUAUAAUUAUAAUUAAAUGAGUUAUAACCAUAUUUUAAGCCUUUUUCUGUAUUUAUACUGCUGAGAAAAGGACCAAUCCUUGCUAAAUUUUCACACAUUUAUACCUGAAUAAAUAGUACUAAUAUGAUCGUAUUGGUAUGACGGGAUCAUUAAAGGAAUUGAUCCGCAGUAUACGCGGAUCUAAAACAGCCUCUGAAGAACGAGCAGUUUUGGCUCGAGAGUGCGCUAAGAUCCGCAGUAGUCUGAACACUGAUAACAUAAAUUACAGGAGAAAGAACAUUUCAAAGCUUCUGUUUAUUAAUUUACUAGGACAUCCGACAAAUUUUGGUCAAAUUGAGUGUAUAAAACUGAUAGCAAGCUCUAAAUUUUCAGAUAAAAGAAUUGGAUAUUUGGCCCUGAACUUGCUUUUGACUGAAGACUCCGAAGUGCUAAUGCUGGCGACCAACUCGAUUAAGAUAGACUUGAAUAACCCAAACCCUUACAUAUGUGAAAUGGCUCUACGGUCACUGGCUAACAUAGGCACUCACGAGAUGCUCAGAGAACUACAGUAUGAAAUUGAUACACUGAUCAAUUCUAAUGUGCCUAAUAUUAAGAAGAAGGCCACAAUCUGUACGGUAAGAAUGCUGAGAAAAGCUGCACAGCGUAAUUUAACCCCGGACAGCAUAAGCAUAGACCUGGCAUACUCGUUCAUGAAGUAUCUCGAGCCCUUAAUUUCAGACUUUGAUAACGGAGUUAAAACGGCGGCACUGUCACUCAUGUCUGUACUUCUGGAACAUUACACAAAAAUCUGUGAUUUGGACAGAUUCUUCACACUGCUAUUGGAUACCAUGAAUGAAGUUCUGAACCCUACUAGUACUAAUUUCUCAGCAACUAUUCCUGCUAAUACAGAAACCUUCACAAGCCAACAACUGAUUACAGAUCAGUACUCAACGGAUCCAUUUCUCAAGGUCAAGAUACUCUCACUGAUCAAACAAGUGUAUUUAAAACUACUAUACAAUACAAAUCAUCCCAGUGGUGAUGACUAUGACGUUAAACUAAUGGAUUAUAAGGAGAGACUGUAUGAGAUAAUCUCGAAGAUCAUAAAGUCGAUAGAGCUCAGGUCUAACAUGAACGAUGUGAUUUUGUACGAGUGUGUGACGACAAUAGAGUGUGAGUUCGCAGAUGAUAGAUUCAAUGAACUGGGGAAGCAAGUGGUGGAAAAGUUUAUGGUGGGAUUCAAUAACAAUGUCAAGUACAUAUCACUCGGAAUAAUAAAGAAGUUACAUAACGUUCACAUGAAGUACGGAGAUAGUAACUGGACAAUAAUAGUCCAGUCAUUUAAACAAAGAGAUAUAUCGAUAAGAAAGAAAGCAUUGGACGUGUCAUUGAAGGUGGUGAAUAGAGAAACCUUGGCACCAAUUGUACAAUAUUUGUAUGAAUUUCUAUUAUCAGCAGAUGACGAUUUAAAGAGAGAGAGUAUGCACAGGAUAUUCAACUGUGUAAAUCUACAUUCAGAUGACCUGGCGUAUAAACUACAAGUGUUUGUAAAAAUAUUCUCCAUCGCAGGAAAUUGUGUGCAGGACGCAAUACUGUUUGACUUUAUAGACCUGUUGUCGAGUAGCACGGAGGAAACAAAGGCAAAAACGACCCUAGAACUGGUUAAAACGCUGAGAUAUAAUAUGGGACAAUCAGCGCUAGUGAAAGCCGCCCUGUACUCAAUUGGUGAAUACUAUCAACUAAUCAGUGGUGAACUGAGUAAUUUAGUUACAAUUAACCCACAACUAAGUGAAAACAGUUUCCAACUUAAUGGAAAACUGUCUAAUUCAGUUGGUAGUGAACUGGCCAAAAAGGAUGAAGGUAAUUUGUUGGACCUUUCAACACCUAAAAACGUUAAUGGAUUUCAUUCGUUUGAUAAGUCAAGUGAGGAUGAUUUUCUCUUGGACCUUUCUUCACCACCGAAUGAACCAAAUGAUACAAACACUAAUGAAGACGAAUUGUUCUCACUAUAUAACAAUAAUAAUGUGGCAAAUACUCUUGAAACUGAUAGUUUGGCUGGCAAUAAUAACUUGGGCGAAACAAAUGAUGUAGAGAAGGAGGAAGAUGUGGAUGGGACUGAAAUCAUAGUCGAAAUGUUAGAAAACAUAAGUAUAGGAUUAAUAGCCAAGAAUUUGUUGAGUGAAUGUGAGUAUUUAGUGACAUGUAUAGGGAAGUUAGUGUCUAAGAUGCCAAACAGGGUAGAUCAGUUGAGGAAGAUUUUGAGACGUUUCAAGAGACAUAGUAGCCCAGAAUUGCAGCAAAGAUCAUGUGAGCUGGAGAUAAUAAUUCAGGAAAAUAUCAUGUCGUUGGUAACCCCAGUUUCAAAUACAUUGCCAUCGUUGUAUACAGAGUCAGUUGACGAGUUUUUGAGUUUAGGACCAGAAAAAUUGCCUGAGAAAACUCAAAAAGAGGAACCUAAACAUGAAAAGACUGAUAUAUUCAAUGAAUUAUUUGAUACAAGUAUUACAGUAGAGAGUGCCACAUUUAAGACCACCACAGUGAGCGAGAAAGAGGAAAAUAGAGAAGAUAAACUAGUGAAUAGUAUAGUGGAGAAUGUAUCAGUAGUAAGCUCAAGAGAUAAACGAGAAGAUGACUUUCAACAAUUUGACCCUUUUUAAUCUUGUA